UCCUCACUUUAUAUUGUCUAAUCUCUAUGUAUCUAUAUAAUCCUCUCUCUUUCUCUCUCUAUAUCUAUACAUCUCUCACAUUUAUUAUCCUUCUUCAUAACUCUUCAUCAGUCAUCAGUGUGACAGAAAUAGAUAGCCAACAGCCCCACCCUCCCUACUCUACGCCAUCCCUAUACUAUACCUCCUGCCUCUAUGUCCUCCCCAGGCACCACCUCCCUACAGAGAGAGCUUCAUCUCCAUCUGAGCUUCACAUGGAACUACGACACACAUUCUUUAUGAAUUCCUUUUUUUCUUUUAUAUGCUUAUAAGUGUUUUUAGUUGAAUCCAUCCAACCCUCCUUCCUGAUACUUCAUUCUUGGUACAAAGAUUGAUGCUCUAAGAAUACGUAUUUUGUUUCUAUAUAUCGAUGCGUGCAUAUACAUUUGUUGUUUGCACAGGCGGAGUUGCUUUUCUUGAAUAAACAGUGACUAAAUUCCCAUUUCAAAUCUGAGUUGUUUAUGAACCUUUUUUUUGUCUCUGACAAUGAAAACCCGAAAAAGAAAGACUUCAGAAAUGUAGUUGAAAACCCAAAUCUUCAACCUCUCAAAGUUAAUAUUAGAAUUGAUUUUCAAGUUAUAAACCCUUGUGCCCACAAGAAGUCUGAGUCUUUUUCCUCUUCAAAUUAAGGAAUUGAAUCAUUUUAUGCAAAACCCAUGAAGAAUUUUUACUGGUUUAAGCAAAUCGCAAGCACCCAGAGCAAGCUGGAGAGGAGGCUGUCAUUGGGAGAGUACAAAAGAGCAGUUUCAUGGUCAAAAUACUUGGUGUCAUCUGGUGCUGAAAUUAAAGGUGGAAGAGAAGAAGAAUGGAGUGCUGAUAUGUCACAGCUUUUUAUUGGCAGCAAAUUUGCUUCUGGGAGGCACAGCAGAAUCUAUAGAGGGGUAUAUAAGCAGAGAGAAGCAGCAAUUAAGCUUAUUAGCCAGCCUGAAGAGGAUGGAGAGUUGGCUGCAUUGUUGGAGAAACAAUUUACAUCAGAAGUUGCUCUCUUGUUCAGGUUAAGGCAUCCCAAUAUCAUCACUUUUAUAGCAGCGUGUAAGAAACCUCCGGUGUUUUGUAUUAUCACCCAGUACUAUCCUGGUGGAUCACUGAGAAAGUACCUCCAUCAACAAGAGCCAUAUUCACUUCCCCUCAACCUAGUACUAAAAUUGGGACUUGACAUUGCACAUGGGAUGAAAUAUCUUCAUGCUCAGGGAAUUCUUCACAGGGAUCUCAAAUCAGAAAAUCUGCUGCUCGAUGAAGAUAUGUGUGUGAAGGUUGCAGAUUUUGGCAUAUCUUGCUUAGAAUCACAAUGCGGCAGUACCAAGGGCUUCACGGGCACUUACCGUUGGAUGGCACCAGAAAUGAUAAAGGAAAAAAAGCACACAAAGAAAGUAGAUGUUUACAGUUUUGGCGUUGUCAUGUGGGAACUUUUAACGGCAUUGAUACCGUUUGAUGACAUGACUCCAGAACAAGCAGCUUUUGCUGUCUGCCAAAAGAAUGCAAGGCCACCAUUGCCUUCUUCAUGCCCAAUGGCACUUCGGCUGCUCAUAAACCGGUGCUGGUCCAGUAAUCCUGACAAACGGCCACACUUCGAGGAGAUCGUAACUAUUCUUGAAAAAUACACAGAGUCUCUCGAGUGCGACCCUGAAUUCUUUUUGUCUUAUGAGGCCCCAGAGGGAUUCUCUCCUUCGAGAUGCCUACCAAAGUGCAUUGCGCGUAGAUCCCCAUCUUCAAGGACAUGAGAACAUGCAAGAUUGUGUAUGAUACUAAAAUGUAUCGUAGGUUUCUGCUUCUUUAGGCCUUAAUGUUUAGUGUAAUUUAUAAAAAAACUUUCCUACACCAUUAUUUUUCUUCAUGGAAUGUAAUGGAACCAAAAGUGCUAUGUUUUUUUUAGUAGUAUCAUGGGAAUAGAAUCGAACAAAUCUUGUUUGGAAUGACA